UAUUUACAUAACUUUGUUAAUAAAAUGAUGAACUGUUUUGAAUUUAUCUUUAAGUUUAUUUUCAGUGUAUUAAUUACACAUUGGACACACUGCGGGACAAAUUAUUUAAUACCCCAAAUUAUGUUUGAUCUUUAUGACGUGAGUGCAUUUAAAAAUGGCGAAAUCCGAAAUGAAGACCCAUAUUCUGGAAUAAGCAUUAGUUGCAUGUUUACUCAAAGUAUAUCUCAACGCUCUUCGUUAAACAGUUAUUUAUACCGAUUCAAACUCCCUGAUUACAAAUUAAAGGAAAUUAAAAAAAUUGAACUUCGUGCAUUUCGAUCGAAGACUCCAGUUAAACGUAUUAUUCAAAAUAAGUUUGUUUUAGCCGUAGUAUCCGUAAGUAUAAAAAACUUUAAUGUUAAGGCAUCUUUUAUCAUCAGUUCCCAAGGAUAUGCGUGGAUAUCAUUUGAUUUAACUAAAAAGGUGAAAAAAUUAUUUGAACUGAGUAAUAUCAAUCUCUCGAUUGAAAUAAACAUAAAGUUUUCUGGUAGCUUUCCGACGAUUGUGCUUGCCACAAACACUAGUAAAACUUUAGAGCCUUUGCUCAUCUUGUACUCAAAAGCAGAAAAAGAGAAAUUAAACUUUAUAAACUUUUUUCGUAACCAAACGCAAAAAUUAAGCAAAAAUCAAAAUUGUUUUCAGUCAAAAACGUUACCCAAUUUUGUAAGAAGUUUAAAACUUCAAAACCGAAAUGAAAAGAAUUUUCGCAACAGCAAAACUAACCAAUCAAAAGUUAUAACAAACUACUCAGUAAAUCAUACAAGAUUACCAAGAGAUACCGCCAAUAAGUAUACUAACGUCGGAUGCCGUAAAAAAAAUAUGUUUUUCAAAUUUAGAGACUACUCCGAAUUUAGCAAUGUUUUGAUCCCAAAAAAAGCUAAUUUUUACCGAUGUGUUGGGUCAUGCACAAUUCCAUUUGGUAAAAAUUCUAAAAUUAUGAAAUCCACUCGUGCGUUUAUUCAAGAACUGAUUAGUUCAAGACAAAAAGGUGUGAAACCAAUGCAUCUCCCAACAUGCUCUCCUUCAAGUUUAAAACCAAUGAAAUAUAUUAUCUUUGAAAAUGAAAAAGUUAAAAUUGGAUCAUGGGAUGACGCUGUUGUUAGCGAAUGCUGGUGCCCAUAACAUAGGCCAUAACUCUUAAAAUGUAAUUUAUGAAAAAUUAUAUUAUUCAAGAACAUAUUUAAUACGAGUAUCUUAUAAAAGUGCGAGAAAAAGUAAAAAGCAUGUUUAAUAUAGAUUGCUAUAAAACAUGAAUAAAUCCCUUGAAUAACACCAUCAUUUUCAUGUUUAUAAAUCACAACGAUGUUAUUUAUUUAUUUCAAUACAUGUCUAUUUCCUGUAAAUAUACUUUGAAUUAAUUAUAACAAAUUAAA